CCGGCCGCAGCCAAGGCGGAAGCGCCCGGCGGGGAGCGGCGCGCAGCGCGGGCGCCGCCGGCUAUGGACGCUUCCCUGGAGAAGAUGGUCGACCCUACUCUAGCAGAGAUGGGAAAGAAUCUGAAUGAAGCAAUGAAGAUGCUAGAAGACAAUCAAAGAAAAGAGGAAGAAAAUGAAAAGAGAUAUACACGGAAAGAUAUUCCUGGACCACUCCAAGGCAGUGGCCAGGAUAUGGUGAGCAUACUUCAGUUAGUUCAGAACCUAAUGCAUGGAGAGGAGGAGGAAGAGUCUUCACAGGCCUACAGACUGCAAAAUGUUGGAGAACAGGGUCACAUGGCUCUACUGGGACAUAGCUUGGCUGCUUAUAUAUCAGUACUGGACAGGGAAAGACUGAGAAAACUUACAACAAGGAUCCUUUCUGAUACUACUCUCUGGCUUUGCAGGCUCUUCAGGUAUGAAAAUGGGUCAGCUUAUUAUCAUGAAGAUGAUCGUGAAGGUCUCUUAAAAAUUUGUCGACUUGUUAUUCACACACGCUAUGAAGACUAUACAGUAGAAGGAUUUAAUGUGCUGUAUACUAAGCAGCCUGUUAUAUACAUUAGUUCUGCAGCUAGAAUGGGCUUGGGCCAAGCUCUCUGCAAUCAGCUGGGGUUACCCCUUUCUUGCAUGUGCCGUGUGCCUUGUAACACUAUGUUUGGAUCUCAACAUCAAAUGGAUGUUGCUUUAUUGGACAGAUUGAUUAAAGAGGAUGCUGAAUCUGGAAAACUGCCCUUGUUGCUUGUGGCCAAUGCUGGGACACCAGGAGCAGGGCACACAGAUAAACUUGGGCGACUGAAGGAACUUUGUGAGCAGUACAAGAUGUGGCUCCAUGUAGAAGGUGUGAAUUUGGCAACUCUGGCUUUGGGUUAUGUCUCCUCUUCUGUACUGGCUGCUACAAAAUGUGACAGCAUGACUCUUACUCUGGGCUCCUGGCUGGGUCUCCCAGCUGUACCUGCUGUGACACUCUACAGACAUGAGGAUCCUUCUUUGUCCUUAGCAGCAGGGCUUACAUCAAGUCAGCCCGUAGAGAAGCUUCGUGCCCUGCCACUCUGGCUCUCCUUGCAGUACCUGGGCCACGAUGGGAUUGUGGAGAGGAUAAAGCACGCCUCACAACUAAGCCAAAGGUUGCUGGAAAACUUGAAAAACCUGGAUUUCAUUAAAACUUCGGUUGAAGAUGAACUGAGUUCUCCAGUGGUUGUAUUCAAGUUCUUCCAGGACUAUGCAAAUAGAGAUCAAACCCCACAUGCUGCACAGGCCUCAACUAUUCAGCACCCCCUAAUAAGCAAUGAAAGACAUGUUUAUGACACUUUCAAUCAGUGGCUAGGAGAGCAGCUGGCACAGCUGGUUCCUGCCAGUGGAGUCGAUGUGGUGGAACUGGAAGAUGAAGGCACAUGUGUGCGUUUCAGCCCAUUAAUGACUUCUGCAGUUUUAGGAACUGAAAUACAAGAUAUUGAUCAGCUAGUAGACUGCUUAAAAAUGAAGAUACCAGUGCUGACAAGUACACUGCAACUGAGAGAGGAAUUUGAGCAAGAAGUAAAAAGAACAGUAGGCCUGCUGUAUGUUGAAGAUCUCAGCUGGCCAGGAUUAGGUGUUGUAAGAUACAGCUAUCACAGUGAUGGGAAGAAUGAUGACAAACAAGAAAAAGAAUUAGAAAAAAUUAACACAGAACUUCUGAAAAAACUAAAUGAACUGGAAUCGGAUCUGUUUUUUUCUUUGGGUCCAGAAUUUGGAGGGGAGAAGAACUGCAUUUAUAUUGGCAUGGUAACUGAGGAUUUGGAUGUGUCCGAGUUAGUUGAAACCAUUGCAGCAACAGGCAGAGAAAUUGAAGAAAAUUCACGACUAUUGGAAAACAUGACUGAAGUUGUUAGAAAAGGGAUUCAGGAAGCACAACUUCAGCUUCAGAAAGCAAAUGAAGAACGACUUCUGGAAGAGGGACUGUUACGACAAAUUCCUGUAGUAGGCUCUGUGCUGAACUGGUUUUCUCCAUUCCAAGCUUCACCAAAGGGAAGAACAUUUAAUUUAACAGCAGGCUCUCUAGAAUCCACAGAAUCUACAUAUGUAUCCAAAGCCCAAGGGACAGGCACUACUCCACCACCCACUCCUACAUCCAGCCUUGCAAAGCGAAGACUUCCUGGUCAAAAAAUUUUUAAAAGAUCUUUAAGAAGUUCUGAUGCAUUCAGUGAGACUAGCUCAGUGAGUCACUGUGAUGACCUGGAGAAGAUAGAUCAGAGACCCCCUGCUUUCCCUCCCGGUCAAGAACAAGAGCAUUUGGAUGCAGAAAAAACAGAGCAGCAGCGGGAGGCGGCACAGGCAACACACACAGAAACUGACCCCAUUCAAAGUGACAAAUCACCAAAUGAUUGCGCUAAGGCAGAGGAACAAGGAAGUCAAAGAUAAAAUCCACACUCUGGCUUUUAGACUUUGCAAGGGAAUCACACGACCUGGGAGGCAGGGUAUUAAAGACGCAUUUAAAAUGUGAACAGUGCCACACACUAGUACAGUAACAACUACUGUAACUUAUUAACUGGGAUUUUGCACAAAUAUAAAACUUCUCCCCCAACAGGACAGAUUUGUCUUACUAUACACUUGUUACAGUUGCUUUAAUACGUCAGUAUCACCAAAGUAAUAGUGCAGUUCAUUAACUGCGUGAAACAUUUGUCAAAAAACUGGCAGUUAUGUAACUCCUGUAUGAUUCUAAGCAUAAAAAUAGUUGCUAACAAAUUGAUCAGCCAUACACAAAAUUAAGCAUACAGUUGCACCCAGUAACUGUAAAAUGAUCUUAUUUUAUGUGAAUAUAUUAAAAAAAUCUGUUAAUUAUUCACCUUUUAUAUUUAAAAUUCAGUUUAACCUCUAUUGCAAAAAUCUACUUAGUCAUACUAGCUGUAUUUUGCUUUUUUAUAUUGCCAAACAGUUGUGGUGCAGUGUAUAUUAAGGAUGGAUACCUAUGUAUAUACAAGUCACGGAAAAGUACUUUUUCUAUCAACCAUUUUUUUUUUCCUGUCUGUUGUAUGAAUUGACCCAUUCAGCUAAGGUCCUAGAUACAGUGGGGACUAAGUUACGGAGUUGUAAGCCUUUUAGAAAGCAAUAGUGCAUGCCUAAAUGGCUUCCUGCUUCCACCUCUGAAAGGAAUCAUUAUCAUACCAUUAUUUUUUCCUUUGCACGCCAUUUGUAAAUCAAAUCUUAUCAAACGCAUUUAUAUAGUGUAACUGGAGUUUUUUUUCUGUUGUGUAUUUUUAAAGAUACUUGUUAGUAAAGCUUGGAAAACCAACACAUUUGUGAUGAUUCAACACUUCUUACUUACUUUUGAACAAUAGUAACUUACCUAUGGUAGAACUUGUACAGAUUCAAAGAAAUUAUAUAGGUUAGUUACACUACAGCAGAAGUUCAUAUCAUCUCUAGGACUGUUUAAUGCACAAGAUAAUCUUUGACUACAUCAAAAACUAAAGUGUAAAAGUCUCUCUUUGUUCCUUACUGAAUUAUCUUCAUCUUAGUCACUUUGCUGCAAGUUUUCUGAGCUUACAAUAGUUUCUUUGGGUAGGGAAACUUUAGGAAAAGAUUUUUUUUUUUUUCUUCUUUCUUCUUCUUCUCUCUAAUGCAUCUGAUUUUGGGGAAAAUCUUAAGUCCUACUCCCUCCCCCCACCACCACCCCUGCAGAACUGAAAACAAGUACUGUAACCUGUUUUCCUUUUUUUUUUCCCCAAUCCCCCCAAACACAUAAAUCAAUACCAUGAAAGCUGCAGUGGUAGCAGGACUUUGAUUUAAAAAAAAAAAAAAAAAAAAAAAAAAAAAAAAAAAAAAAAAAACUUUCAGAUUAAUUGUACUGUCACCUGACCUGACUUUCAGCUUCUAGAUUCUGUGGGGCUGGGAAGGUAUAAACAAGCUUAAUUUUGCUGUUGGGGUAAUUUAUGUUAAUCUGAGUGCAAUUUUUCUAAGUGCAAAAACAAUGAAGUUGACUGGUCUUCCUUAUCAAUUUCUUUGGUGCAAUGAAGUAUGUUAAUAUAAGUAAUCUGUUGGGGAUAAAAUUAUCACCAUAAAGAUUAAUUUUUAAUGUUUUUAUAUUUGGAAUUGUUAAACCAGUAGUUUUGUUGGA